CAGAGGGAUAGUACUAGAGCAGUGAAAACAGCUAAAAGCAAAGCAACAAAAAGCACAAUGAACUAACUACACACUCAACAACUACACAUAUCAUAUCCCUCAACAAGAAUCAAGAAAAUCAUCAUGUUUCAGAGGUUAGGGACGAUUGGAGCCAGUUAAUUGAAUUCCACCGAUGCAUAUUGCUGAGAGCUUUAUUUUUUUGUUCUUUUAUUGGGUUUCAAAAAUUCAGAAUCAGAAGCUCUAAAUCGGGCGUUCAUUUUCUUAAAUCGAGAAGAAGUGGGUGUAAAUCAGGAACAUUUUAUCCAGUUUUUUGAUAAGGGAUUACGACUGAGUGAUGAUGGCGAUGUCCUGCAAGGAUGGUAAGGGUGCAAUUAUGGAUAAUGGGAAGUAUGUUCGCUACACACCUGAGCAGGUUGAAGCCCUUGAAAGGCUCUAUCAUGAAUGCCCAAAACCCAGUUCUAUUCGUCGUCAACAACUCAUUCGUGAAUGCCCUAUUCUCUCCAACAUUGAACCCAAACAGAUCAAAGUUUGGUUCCAAAAUCGAAGAUGCAGAGAGAAACAGAGGAAAGAGGCUUCCCGUCUUCAGUCUGUUAAUCGGAAACUGACAGCUAUGAACAAGCUUUUAAUGGAGGAAAACGAUCGGUUGCAGAAGCAAGUGUCGCACCUGGUAUAUGAAAACGGAUGUUUUCGUCAACAUACACAAAAUACGACGACAGUUGCUACAAAAGACACUAGCUGUGAAUCGGUGGUGUCAAGUGGUCAACAACGGCAUUUAACCCCCCAGCAUCCCCCACGGGAUGCCAGCCCUGCUGGACUUUUGUCCAUUGCAGAGGAAACUUUAACAGAGUUUCUUUCGAAGGCUACUGGAACCGCUGUUGAGUGGGUUCAGAUGCCUGGAAUGAAGCCUGGUCCGGAUUCCAUUGGAAUCGUUGCUAUCUCUCAUGGUUGCACCGGUGUGGCAGCACGAGCCUGCGGCCUGGUCGGUCUCGAGCCAACAAGGGUUGCUGAAAUCCUCAAGGAUCGCACCUCUUGGUUCCGGGACUGCCGAGCUGUGGAUGUCCUCGACGUGCUGCCCACCGCUAAUGGUGGAACCAUCGAACUUCUGUACAUGCAGCUUUACGCCCCUACAACUUUGGCUACAGCUCGUGACUUCUGGUUGCUGCGGUAUACGUCGGUUACUGAAGAUGGGAGUCUAGUGGUCUGUGAAAGAUCUCUUACGAACACCCAAAACGGUCCAUGUAUACCAUGUGUGCCAAAUUUUGUUCGGGCGGAGAUGCUGCCUAGUGGCUACCUUAUUAGGCCUUGUGAAGGUGGUGGCUCGAUUAUUCACAUUGUCGAUCAUAUGAAUUUAGAGCCAUGGACUGUACCUGAAGUUUUGCGCCCUUUGUAUGAAUCACCAACUGUUCUUGCUCAAAAAACAACGAUGAUGGCGUUACGCCAAUUGAGGCAAAUAGCUCAGGAGGUUUCUCAGGCGAGUACCCCUAACUGGGGACGAAGACCUGCGGCGUUAAGAUCACUUAGCCAGAGGUUGAGCAGGGGGUUCAACGAAGCGGUUAAUGGGUUUACCGAUGAGGGGUGGUCGUUAAUGGGUAACGAUGGAAGUGACGACGUUACAAUUCUCGUUAACUCUUCCCCUGAAAAACUCAUGGGAUUGAAUCUUUCCUUCUCAAACGGAUACCCAUCCGUUAACACCGCCAUCUUAUGCGCAAAAGCCUCCAUGCUUCUACAGAAUGUUCCGCCGGCACUCCUGCUUAGGUUCUUGAGGGAACACCGUUCAGAAUGGGCCGACAACAAUGUCGAUGCUUACGCUGCUUCAGCCGUCAAACUUGGCCCGUGUAGCUUACCCGGGUCGACCCGACUCGGAAGUUUUGGCGGUCAAGUUAUUCUCCCGCUUGCUCAUACAAUCGAACAUGAAGAGCUUUUGGAGGUGAUAAAAUUGGAGGGCGUUAGUAAUUGCCCUGAAGAUGCAUUAAUGUCAAGAGACAUGUUCCUCCUUCAACUAUGUAGCGGGAUGGACGAGAACGCGGUUGGGAUGUGCUCGGAACUCGUUUUUGCUCCAAUCGAUGCUUCUUUUGCUGACGAUGCACCUCUUUUGGCUUCCGGUUUUCGCAUCAUUCCUCUUGAUUCUGGCAAGGAGGCUUCGAGUCCUAACCGUACACUUGAUCUUGCAUCGGCUCUUGAAGUGAAAGGCUCCGGGAACAAACUUUCCGGCGACCGGAAUGUCGGUGGUGGUGGCGGGAGUGCUCGGUCGGUGAUGACGAUAGCUUUUGAGUUUGCAUUUGAGAGUCACAUGCAAGAAAGUGUGGUGGCAAUGGCCCGCCAGUAUGUCCGGAGUAUUAUAUCAUCUGUUCAACGCGUUGCAUCGGCUUUAUCACCUUCUCAUUUGAAUCCAAAUGGAGGUGGUAUUCAGUCAACAUUAGGGAACCCUGAAGCACAUACUUUGGCACGUUGGAUUUCACAUAGUUACAGGGGUUACUUAGCUGUGGAGCUGUUUAAAACUGUGGGUGAAGGAAGUGAAUCGAUUCUUAAAUCUCUUUGGCACCACUCGGAUGCAAUCGUUUGCUGCUCUAUGAAGGCGUUACCAGUUUUUACAUUUGCAAACCAGGCUGGACUUGACAUGCUUGAGACGACACUUGUUGCACUACAAGACAUAAGUUUGGAGAAGAUUCUUGAUGAACAUGGAAGAAAGGGUUUAUGUGCAGAGUUUCCACAGAUAAUGCAGCAGGGUUUUGCGUGUCUUCAAGGUGGGAUCUGUGUAUCCAGCAUGGGUAGACCUGUUUCUUAUGAGAGAGCUGUGGCAUGGAAGGUACUGAAUGACGAUGAUAAUGCUCAUUGCAUCUGCUUCAUGUUCAUCAACUGGUCCUUUGUUUAAAUCUAGAAUCUGAAUCAUAUGAUAUGCUAGUUUUUUUUUUUUUUUUUAAUCUUUUGCUGGAAGUAAAAAGAUGGUUAAAUUAUGCGGGAGCUUGUGUUUUUUAACUUUGAAUGUUUAUUUAGUUAUUUAUCCUGUCCCUUUUAGUUUU